UACGAUUCAUGAUCCGACCCCGUAAUACCACGACCAACGGUAAAGACAAUAAAGGAACGGGACCACUCAAUGAUGGGCUUUUGGGAUAAGAAUGGUUGAAACAUUAUGGAAAAAAUAAAGGAUACAGUUGGCUUUUGAUGUAGUGCAUCAUCAUUCCCGUGAUGAUCCCAAAAAAAAAAAGGUAGACGAUAUAAUAUAAAUGUGCACGAAGAGCGAUUUAGAAAAGUGUAUCAACAUCUUUUGGAUCGCCUCAGCUUCAACUUUGAUCAUCCAUACAGAGGACAUGGAGAAGGUGCAACAAAUGACAAACGACAAAGGAAUCAUGAAGAUUGAAAUUCUUGGCGAUGGCAAUUCUGUGGCGGAAGUGGGUUCCCGUGGGCUAUCCCGUCAGACAAGCAUGACCAAGACCAACUGCCUUUGCUCACCAACCACUCACCCUGGUUCUUUCCGGUGUAGGAUUCACCGGUCUCUUUCGUUGCAACGUACCAAGAGUAUGGAAGCUGCAUCUCUAUUGGAUUCUCCACCCAAGCCAGCGGAUUCCCCUAGUGCCGCGCUCUAAAUAGAUUUAUGAUGAAUCCAUGGCAUUACAAUUGUUUGUUGUAACUUGUACUUGAAUCAUUAUAUGGAGCAGGUUUUUAUUUUCCAACAAUAUGCAUUGUCA